CACACAAACCUGCUGCAGAAGGCCAUAAAGUGUCCUCUCUAGCAGAAGGCCGUUACAGAGUCCUGACAGUUGGUAUCAGAUGAAACGUUUAGAAACUCCAACAGCUCCAACGGCUCUGAGAACAGCAGAGAGACAUCUUUGAUGAUCCAGAUAAAAACAUGGAUAUUGGUGGAAGUUUACUCCCUAGUUGCGUCAACCCCAGUAACUUCCCUGCCAAACUCUGGCGUUUGGUGAACAACCCGCUGAAUGAAGCCAUCUUCUGGGACAAAUACGGACAAUUGGUCGUCAUUGAUCAGGAUCUCUUCGAGAGACAGGUCCUGUGUCCGUCCACCGUCUCCUCGGACAGCGCCGACGCUUUCAAGACGACCAACUUCUCCAGCUUUGUCCGCCAGCUCAAUCUGUACGGCUUCAGGAAAGCGGAAGCAGCUGAUACAGGCGCCGGGGGCCAUUCACUGUUUCAUCAUUUUUACAACCCAAACUUCAAGCGAGACCGCCCUGAACUUGUUGCAAGCCUGAGGAGACUCACUGCCGACUACAAGGCCAAGGUGCAAGCGGGUGUGGUCGUGCCGAGGCAGCCGGCGAGCCGACCCCCGCGAUACAGCUCCGGUGAUGAAGGGCAAGAUCAAAAGAGGAAACGAGGCAGUUCUUCACUGCUUAGCCCCAAACAUCAGGAGUCAACUCCUCGUUACCAUCCAAAUAAAGCUCAGGUCAUGACAGCGUACAAUGGAACCCCAAUCCCACCACAGUUCCCGACAAAGGGUCUUGGUGCAGCUUUUGGGCCUUCUGUCUUUGCGACAGACAAAGGGAUGCUAGCGUCUUUAAGCCACCGCUCCACUGCAGGACCCUCAAGCCCCAGUGCUGUGCACUUUCAGCAGAGUUUACUGGGCCGUCCAUACCAUGCAAAUCCAAAUUUCACCACUUAUACUGGUCAUCAGCCUGGCUUCUGUUCCCCAUUUUGCCAGUCUUACCAUCCGAGCCUUUUGGCAUCACCCAUGGCAGGAAGUGGGCUUCAGACAGGGCUGUUCUCUCCCCACAGUUAUUACCAGGCUAGCUAUCCUUGCAAUGUGAUGUGUCAUGGGGACAACAACCAGGACUCAAAGCAACACCAGGAUGAGAAAAAAUGUGACAUUAACUUGGACGCAGUUUUCCAGAUUGCAGAUGAGGUGAUGCAGACCCUGCCCAGUAACAGCCUGGUUGGAGCUGUGACCCCCGUGAAGCCAGGCGCUGCAAUAGUGCCGUCCUCCAACACCUCUAGCACCAUGCUGCAUGACAGCUCUGCCAGCACUGUGAAAGAUGAACCUUUAAGUCCUUGGCCCAUCAUAACAGCUGUGGCGGGCAAUGUUGAUUUGAUGACAUACAAACAGGAGGAGGAGUCUGUGGUUUCAGUACCAGAGCAGAUGCCUGAAGAUGCGAUAAAUGAGGCUACCAGCGAUGAUGCAACGAACACUGAGGAUGUAUGUGUCGAGGUUUGCGACACUCUGAGGGAUACCAGUCAGUCCAGAUGCACAGGAAGUACACCAAGUCUUUAGAUCUCAGCUUGUUGAUUUGAUUGACGUGUGGCAGGGAUUCGUGAUUCACGUCAGGAUGUGAUCUUAAUUUCUCACUGCAGCCAGAUUUUAUUCUCCACGUUACUGAUUCUUUGUUGUGUAAAAGUUUGUUGAUGUGAUCUAAGUUUAAUCUUAAGUAUUUUUUGUUGUUGCAAAAGUAGGUAUAUGUUGUAUAUCUUUGUGUAUUUCCAGUAGAAUUACUUGUACCAUGGUACAUUUUUAAAAUUGUAAAGCAAGGUUUUAUCUCUACAUUUUUAACACAGUAGUAUUUAAAAUAUUUGACCACUUUGUGAUGUUUUUAAAGAAUUGUAAUUUUAAGUGUGAUUUAUAUAGAUUUGCUGCAGUAGGGCCAACUCAGCUUCUCCCCAUUUUUCACCUGCAGUCUGUUUUUAAUAGCAUAGCUGGUAGCAUCCGUCAUAGCAAGUUGUAACAAACUGCUGUAAUGAGCUGAAAAUAUUGAAUAGAUGUAUGAAAAUAUAUAAAUUAAUUUAAUCCACGAGUGACUGUUUGCAUUGUGAUGGUGACCAAGUGGUGGGUGCAUUUCCCCACCUUUUUAUUUUUCACUUCAAAGGUGCAGCAGUUUUAAACUUGUAACCGAGAUGUUUUUAA